GGGGAAACGGAAAACCGGGAAAAUAAAUGGGUAUUGGACACGUAGCACAAAGCAAGAAUGCAAGGGCUUUUUUUUUUCUGCUUGCUCGUGCACAAAUAACAAACACGCAUCGUGGUGUAUACAGUUCAAGUUUGUUGCUUGCUCACCCUUCUCCAUUCUUGUCACCCGUGUGGGCAUUGCCACUAGCCACUUGUCACUCUUACUCGCUGAAUCUUGAGUCAUGUAAACAUGUAAAAAAAAAACUCUUUGCUCUAUCACCCCGUGGCUGUUACUUCUUGUUGUUAGGUACGAUCUUUUUUGUCCUUGUUUAUGUAGAUCUUCAAGAUAGACGCCAUGUGGCACUAUUGCAUCCCAAAAGGGGGAGGGGAAAGGGAAGAUACUAGUUAACUCAUUACCUUUUCGUUGCGGUGUAUUAGAUGACGCGGAGAAAAUACUCGUGUCCUGUUGGAUAGAUGGUCGAUGCGAAGCGAAGAAAAAAAAGCAAGCCAAGGCGAAACGACGUUGUUGAUGGUCGUUCGAAUGGUUGUUGGUCGAGGAGGGACGAAGGACGAAGUCAAGGAUGCAGUAGGAUAGGAACCAAAAAAAAAAGAAAAGGCAAAAAAAGUAUAUUUAGAGGUGAGAAAGGAGGAUUACAAGAGAUGGGGCAAGAGGAAGAAGAGGCGGAAUGGGAUGAAGAUGAAAGAGGGAAGAAAAGGAAGAAAGGGAG